GUCAGUUACCGUACUAGUCACCAUGGUUGCUCAAUCCGAAUACCAGAUGGAAGGCCCAUCCAUGCAUGGAUACAACAACGAGAUCUGCUACCACCAAAUCCACCACCACGAUGACGAUCCCGUUUGUGUGACGCCCAACAAACGGCGACGCGUCUCGAUGUCGGCCCGCGUGCGCUUCGACGACCGCGUCACCGUAAUGAACCAAGACGAACGGGGUUGCUCUCCACGGGACAACCCUUCCGAAAUGGAACAGCAACAGCAACAGCAACAACACCCCCCUUCCUCCCUCUGGUUGACCCCCAACGACUUUACCAAGAUCCAGAACAGCAUCUUUACGACGCUCGAGAUGAUGAAACUCACCGGCGACUUUGGAAGGGACACGCCGCUGUCGAACCGCUACUGCGCGAGGGGCCUCGAAAACUGCGACCUGGAGCGCAAGGGAAGCCUCACGGAGGAAGCCUUGGCGAGGCGCCGGAACGUCAUCGGAGCGGUCCUGCACGAACAAAACAUCCAGCGGAAGCGACAGAUGGAAGCCUCCCUGAGCAGCAGCAGCAGCCGCCGCCACAACCUCUGCAACCGAAUGGGCGGUGGCUACGGUGUGCAGCAGCAGCAGCAGCAGCAGCAACGAGACGACCACCACGCCCUGAUACAAAAGCAGGGAUGCACGAAAAUACCAGAGCACGGAGGUUCGUGCGUCCUCGACCACUUCCGGAUCGGCCUCAUCUGCAUGAACCUCACACACGGGGACAUCAUGGACAGCAUCGACCGGGGACGGCAGGACUCGGAAGAGGCCCUGGAAAUCUACCGUACAAAGCCACUGCCUCUGGGAAACAGGUGAUACGAGACGAGACGAGCAACGACGAGACGAGCAACGACGAGACGGGACGUCCUUGCGGAAAGAACAACGGGGAUGGAAGGCUCGAGAAUCGAACCAAGGAAUGGGUCCGCCGAGCAUGUACUGUAACAAUAGAAAACACGAAAUCAAAACAAACAAACAAACAAGCAAGCA